AGAGGGCGUCCAUGAAGCCAGCGCGUGCCUGGAGGAGGAGACCAUGAACAGCGACCGGACCGAGAGCGACUGGCAAGGGCUGGUGAGCGAGUACCUGGUGUGUAAAAGGAAGCUGGAGAGUAAAAAGGAAGCCCUGCUGAUCCUUUCCAAGGAGCUGGACACAUGCCAGCAGGAAAGAGACCAGUACAAACUCAUGGCCAAUCAGCUUCGAGAACGCCACCAGUCACUGAAGACGAAGUACCGGGAGCUGAUCGAUGGAGAUCUAUCACUUCCCCCGGAAAAGAGGAAACAGGCAAAUCUUGCACAACUAUUGAGAGAUUCUCAGGACCGAAAUAAACAUCUGGGAGAAGAAAUUAAAGAACUUCAGCAAAGGCUUGGAGAAGUCCAGGGCGACAAUAAGCUCUUGAGGAUGACCAUUGCCAAGCAGAGGUUAGGAGAUGAAGAAAUCGGCGUGCGCCACUUUGCAGCCCAUGAGCGUGAAGACUUGGUUCAGCAGCUGGAAAGAGCUAAGGAACAGAUUGAGUCUUUGGAGCAUGACCUGCAGGCCUCUGUGGAUGAGCUUCAGGAUGUUAAAGAAGAACGGUCUUCCUACCAGGACAAAGUGGAGAGGCUAAACCAGGAGCUAAACCAUAUCUUGGGUGGGCAUGAGAACCGCAUCAUUGACGUGGAUGCCUUGUGCAUGGAGAACAGGUACCUUCAAGAGAGAUUAAAGCAGCUCCAUGAAGAGGUCAACCUCCUGAAAUGUAACAUUGCCAAAUACAAGAAUGCUCUCGAGAGACGGAAAAACUCAAAGGGCCAGGGUAAAUGCAACAGCAGUGCCCUGACUGGGGUCUUGUCUGCAAAGCAAGUUCAGGAUUUGUUAUCUGAAGACCACGGGUGCAGUCUCCCAGCCACUCCACAGUCCAUUUCUGACCUGAAAUCUCUGGCUACAGCCCUGUUGGAGACAAUCCAUGAGAAGAACAUGGUCAUCCAGCACCAGAGGCAAACCAACAAAAUCCUAGGGAAUCGGGUGGCUGAACUAGAGAAAAAAUUAAGAACUCUGGAAGUUUCUGGUUUGUGGAGUCUUCCGGGAAGCAAGGACACCAUACUGUUCAGUGACCCCACUCUUCCCACCAUCCAGAGGUCAAGAUCCCCACUGCUGAAAUUCACUGAGCAGCCCACCGAGAGCACAGCAAAUCCCAAGAGUGGGGAGGUUCAAAAGCAAGAACAAGAUGAAAGGUGUGCUGCAGCUGAGGUGUUGACAGCACCAGAGGAUGCUGGGAGGCUCGCUGUCAACUGCCCAGCAAAUCAGAACCCCGGGAACCAACACAAGCAGUUUCAUCCUUCAUUACCCCAGUUACCUUCUGAGGAAGAAGUGAACAGGCUUGGAAGGGAAAUAAUUAAACUGACAAAGGAACAGGCAGCUGCAGAGCCAGAAGGGGACAGAAGAGAGAGCCCUGAGAGUCCCACGGAGGGUCAGCAGAACGAGUUGGGGCCAUCCCUGCUGGGCCUGGCCUCCCGGGGAGAGCUCCCCAAAUCUUGCCUGAACUCCUCUGAGGCCAGCUGGCCAGCACCCAGAGAUCCCACACUGGAAGAUGGCAACAGGACCCCAAAGGGUGGAGGUCCGAGGAGCACCAUGAAGACAUGUUGGGGAAAAGGGUUGGACAUGACAUAUUGAAGGCACCUGGGACAGGAGAGAAUGAAGCGUCAGAACACCACACAGAAGUCUCCUCCUAACACACCUCCGAGUCUGCCAGUGAGGAAACACCCCGGUCCUGUUGCAAACUGUGAAUAUUCUCACGACGCCAGUACAGUUUGAUUUAUUAAAUGCGCGUCCUCAAGCUUCUCCGUGUCAUCUCUUUCUACCGAAGAUACACUGCUGUGUGAACAUGGCGAGGUCCGGGAAUCACACUCGCCAUAUGGCUGGUUCUCCACAUCCGUCUUUUCUUGUCAGCGUUUGUUAUAUUAGAGAUAAGAUGCUUUUCUACUAGCGCUUAAUGCUGUCGAUCAAAAGUAUGGGAAGAGCUUGAAACGAUGGGGUUUUUAAUCAGGUCCUAUCUUUGUAACAGUUUGGCGGCUGGAGAGAAAGGUGUAAUUGAGCACAGUGGGUCCAGAGGGCCCUGUUACACUUCAUCCUAUCAGGGCCCUGGAGGACGUGCUGGUCUGGGUGUGUUUGGCAGCCUGCCUACAGCACUGUCUGUCAUGGCCCCGGAGCAGGCUUCAGAAGUUGGGCUUCUGGAGUGAAAUCCACAGCCCCUGUUGAGGCCUGCCUGCUGACUGCAAGAGCUGGGUUUUCCAGCCUGUAAUUCUGGAGGAUUAAUUGAUCUAGCAUGAUUGGUUGGGGAGGGGAGAAGGGAACUCCCAGUGGUGUUUUGAGUUUUUAUUUCCAAGAUGA